AUGACUGAUCAAAUUGGACUUGUUUAUGGCGGUGCAUUAAUCCUUGGAGGUUUACUUGGUUAUUUGAAAGGUCGUAGUGCAAUUUCACUUUUAUUUGGUAUUGUUUUUGGCGCUUGGUCUAUUUAUAAUGCAUCACAUCCUACACGUCAAAACAAUGUUGCUAAUUUAGCUAUUGGUGCCGUUAUCGGUGUUGUUAUGUUAUUAAGAUUUUUAAUUGGCGGUAAAUGGUUUCCAACACUUCUUAUUCUUGGCUUAUCAGGUGUACAAGUUUUUCGAAAUUAUCCAUAUCUUAAAUGA